UAUUAGCGACAACAAUUUUGGAGGGACAUUGCCCAUGUCAAUAUCCAAUCUCUCAACCAAACUUGAAAUGUUUUGGGUUGGCAGUAACCAAAUAUAUGGAAGCAUCCCAUCUGGGAUAGGGAAUCUGGUGAGCUUGCAAUCGUUGCCCUUCGGGAUUAAUAGCUUCACAGGUAACAUUCCCUCUGACAUCGGCAAGCUUUCAAACCUUGAAGCAUUACAAAUUUCCAUGAACAAAUUAUCUGGAAAUAUUCCGUCUUCCGUAAGAAAUUUAACCAAGUUAUACUAUCUUGCGCUGGAUGGAAAUCAUCUUGAGGGCAGCAUUCCUUCAGGUCUGGGGGAAUGCCAUGGGUUGCAAUUGUUGAAUCUUUCUUAUAACCUCCUAAAUGGCACAAUACCAAAACAAGUUUUUAGACUCUCCUCCUUAUCGAUUUCUUUGGACUUGUCUAAUAACCUCUUCACAGGUUCCCUUCCCCCGGAGGUUGGGAAUUUCCAGAGUCUAAGUGAACUUUAUCUUUCUGAUAACAUGUUAUCUGGAGAACUCCCCAGUAGCCUUGGUGGUUGUGAGAGUUUAGAAGUCCUGCAUUUGCAAGGAAACUUUUUCAACGGGUCCAUUCCUUUGUCUAUGAGUUCAGUGAGAGCAAUUCGAGAUCUAGACCUUUCUCGCAAUAAUUUUUCAGGGGAAAUUCCACAUUUUUUAGAAGGUUUUAGAUUCUUGAAUAAUCUGAACUUAUCAUUCAAUCAAUUUUGGGGAGUGGUACCAACUGGAGGUGUUUUCAAAAAUGCGAGUGCUAUUUCAGUUGUUGGCAAUACUAAUCUGUGCAGCCCUGUUGAUAAUUUAAAGCUUCCCAAGUGCAAGUCUAAAGAGACCAAGAAACGAAGAUUGUCUCGUAGCUUGAAACUAAUACUCCCUUUAGUAUUUGGACUUACUCUUCUAGGAAUAGCCAUGGUGUUCUUCUAUUUCUUUCUUUGUUCGUCAAGGAAGAAAAAGAAAGAAAUUUCAUUGAGCACUUUGGGGAACACUAUUUUGCAAGUGUCAUAUGCUACUCUACUCAAAGCUACUGACGGGUUCUCAAAGGCUAAUUUAAUUGGUGCUGGUAGUUUUGGGUAUGUGUACAAAGGAGUUCUUGAUGAGGAUGAUAAAUCUCAACUUGUUGCCGUGAAGGUGUUUAACUUGUUACGCCAUGGAGCUUCGAGGAGUUUCAUAGCCGAAUGUGAAGCUUUGAGAAAUAUUAGGCACCGAAAUCUUGUCAAGAUUAUAACCGUGUGUUCAAGUGUUGAUUUUCAUGGUAAUGAUUUCAAGGCUCUAGUUUAUGAGUUCAUGAACAACGGGAGCUUAGAAGAGUGGCUGCGUCCACCUACUGGAACUGAAGAGUUAAGAGAUCAUAUACCCAAGAAGUUAAGUCUUCUUCAUAGGCUAGAAAUUGCCAUUGGUGUUGCUUGUGCACUGGAUUAUCUUCAUAAUCAUUGUGAAACGCCAAUAGUUCAUUGUGAUCUCAAGCCAAGCAACGUUCUCUUGGACAACGAAUUGACUGGCCAUGUUUCUGACUUUGGAUUAGCAAGGUUUCUCUCACAAGUAACGAGUAAUGUUUCAGCAAUUCAGAGUCAGACAAGUUCCGUUGGAAUAAAAGGAACGGUUGGUUAUGCAGCUCCAGAGUAUGGCAUGGGGAGUGAGGUGUCAACGAACGGUGAUGUCUACAGCUUUGGCAUUCUCUUGUUGGAGAUGUUUACAGGGAAGAGACCCACUGACAACAUGUUUGGUGAUAGCUUGAACCUUCAUAACUUUGUCAAGAUGGCUCUCCCCGAGCGAGUUAUUGAGAUUGCAGAUGCACCACUUCUUGAAGGAGGCACGAACGACAAUCCCAAUCAAUGCAGUGCAAGAAUUCAUAAAGUUGAGGUGUGCUUGAGUUCAAUAUUUAGAAUUGGAAUUGAUUGUUCUGCUGAAUCCCCAACAGAUCGACUAAAGAAUAUCAAUGAUGCUGCAUCUGAACUUCAUUCAAUUAGGAAUACUUUUCUUGGGUAGAAACUCUUUUUUAUGUGCUUUUGUAAUAAGAGAAAUUUCGUUUACUGCCUAUGAAGUCUAGCUUUUACGUUACCGCAGUAGAUGUGGAAGUUUGCAAUGUAAAUAAUCACCAAUGAGGUUUGUUGUGUGAAGAUUGUAUUCCUACUUUUUGUACUUGGUAUUUUUGUGUAAUAUUCUCAUCAAUUAAAGUCUAGUUCGUGCCACAAAAUUGUUGAAUAU